AUGGCCCGUGAUCGCCGGCUGGUGUGUGAGCGAGGGGUUGAGGAGCCGGACAUUGGUUCCAUGUCAGGCAAAGAUGAAAAACAAAAGGAUGCUGAAAGAAAGGGAUUCGCCACAACAGAUCGUGGCGGUCAGGCAGGGGUAGGCAGGGGUAGGCAGCCGGACAAUAAUCGAGGAGGGCCAUGUCGGAAAUGA